AACACAUUUGAUUUCUUAAUUUUCACAGCUGAAAAUCUGUUUCCACGGGCCGUGUUGUCGUAUGUUUGUGGCGCAGAAACGUGUGUGUUAUCAGGGCUCUGGCGGGCGUGCGUUACCGUUUCACCCCGCUGUUCCGCACAAGCUUUUGUUAGAGCGAUUCAAGCUGCUCCCUGUCUUGUGUCUUCUCCAUUUAUUUACUUAAAUUGUUUGAGGCGUGCAAGUUAGUCAGGAAAUACCUAGCCUAAUUAUUUAAAAAAAAAAACUAUAGAGUUGUGCAUUCGCACAACAUGCGGAACAAACCCGAACAGGUCCUGUUAUUCGCGGCGCAGAUAAGGAUGAUUCCCAAACAUAUAUAAUCCGUAAUCCGCUAGCGUGUGCUUCUCCUUUGUAUUAUAUAACGCGCUCUAGAUAGAUCUGCCAGCAUCCCUCUACCUAGAGCCUUAGAUUCUAGCAGUUUGUGAAUAUGCUGCACACCUUGGUACAUGCGAAAAGUGAAUAAUGGAGUUCCUGCUCGGAGGGGUGGCCGCUGUGUUAGCCAACGUAGUCUGCAACCCACUGGAUGUGGUGAAGAUCCGGAUGCAGCUGCAGGGCGAGCUGCUGGCACGGGGCGAGUACAAGGUGCACUACAAGAACGUCUUCCACGCCUUCUACGCGAUCGGCAAGGCGGACGGCGUGCUCGCCCUGCAGAGGGGCCUCGUCUCCUCGUCGGCGCACCAGUUCAUCCUCAACGCCACCCGACUCGGCGCCUUCCACUUUGCUGAAGUCCGCGGCUGGACCACGGACGAGACCGGAAUGCGUACCUCGCUGCCCAAGAGCGUGCUCGUUUCCUCGGUGGCAGGAGGCAUCGGUGCCAUUGCAGGAAGUCCGUUUGAUUUGGUGAAAACGCAGAUGCAGUCUUACUCGAACAGUAAUAUCGCAGUCGGCCACCAACACAGGCACCUCGGGAUGGUGUCCACUUUUAGACAGAUUUACUGGGAACACGGCCUAAAAGGUCUGUGGCGCGGCGCCAACAGCACCGUGCCCAGGAUGGCCGUCGCUUCGGCGGCUCAACUCACUUCGUUCGACAUUUUCAAAAGACACUUGAACCAAACAAAGCUCUUGUCGGACGAAGUCAAAAUCAACUCGUUGGUGUCCAGCGUGCUGAGCAGUGUUGUCACCGUCAUAGUGAAAACGCCUUUCGACAUCGUCUCAACCAGAAUCUACAACCAAGGAGUGGACGCUCGAGGAAGAGGUCUGCUGUACUCGGGGGUUGUCAACUGCUUCGUCAAGAUAAUAAAAACUGAAGGAUUUUUCGGCCUGUAUAAAGGUGGGUCUGCUGCCUACUUGAGACUCGGCCCGCACAUAGUCUUAAGUCUCGUCCUUAGGGAUUGGUUGAGACCGUCGCUCUAAACAAUGCUCUGAUUUUAUCUGAUGCCGGAAUUUCUCCGCUGAGAGUACAAAGAACUGACAGUUCAAAAUAUGCCAGGUUGCAACAACUCUUUUAGCAAAAAUAUUUGAAACUUUUAAAUCGCAAUUGAGCAAUUUUGUAUUAAAAAAGUAUUGUUUUGAAAGUAUUCCAAUAGUAUUAAUUGCUAAUGUCACGCUUGCACAGUUAAUACUUCUGAAGGCUCUUGAUUUUUUUUUAAAUGAGAUGGAGUGCAUGUGAGAACAUCAUCACCUCAGUGUACUGCCAUGCUGAACGCCAAAAUAAAUUUGAAUCUCUUAAAAUUGAAUACAACCUUUAAAAACACAUGCGAUUGUGAUCGGCGUCAUGCAAGGGAGGAUAAUUAUUAAAAGUGAAUUAAUCUGAAUUUGAUUGCUAAAAUUGUAUCACUUUAAAGUUGUUUUAAUCCUCUGUGCGCUUGUAAGCAAAUAAAUUAUUAUCCUAAGAAAUCGAAUAGGGAAUA